CCCAAUUCAAAAUUUUACCCUAUUUUCUUUUCCCUUCAAUCCAUCCCAAUUCCCGCUCCAUAAUCCCGCACCCCCUCCACACCGACCGCCAUCUUCGCGGGACAACCGAACCCACCCAGCGACGCCGGACAAUCGAAGCCAUCCAGCGACGCCGGACAACCGAACCCAUCCAGCGGACCCACUCCACGAUUCGGACCGCCAUCUUCCCCUUCCUCGGCUCGGCUCUGCUCUGUAGAAACGAAGGUUGCUGUAAAAAUCAUGGCCAAUCGAAGUUCAUAGACGGACAACCGAACCCAUCCAACUGAAGUCAGUUCGUCGAGGCGCUGGUCCAAGUUCGUAGACACGCUGCUGUGCUCCAACUCUACGAGUCGCCAGUCCAACUUCAACGAAAAAAGAAGAUAACUUUGAAGCCAUGGUGCGAACAAGUUUAACCGAUCUUGCUAAAAGGGCUCUGGAAUUGCAAAUUCCUGUCUGUGACCACUUCCCCGCUCAAAUAUCACAGUGUUCUGAAUACAAAGAUGCUGCGAAGUUGGUGAAAUCGGGUUUGACUUCUGCGCAGUUUGCUGAGUUUCGGAAGAUGCCGUGGGGCCAUGUAACACCCCGGCCCCACCGGACCCGAGGUAGUUACUCCGGACGAAUAAUACUGUCCUCACAAACCGCCACUAGCCUUUUCCGCGCACUUUGUCCUCACUCGUGCGCGCCCUGAGAAACUUCCCAGGGGGUCACCCAUCCCAAGACUACUCCCGUGCAAGCACGCUUAACUUUGGAGUUCUUGGGAGAUGAGCUCCCUUAAAAGGAGAUGCAUCUUGUUGGUAUGAGUAGUACUAUUAAUCCGUUUAUAUUAAAUCUCAAGUGUUACAAUCACCCCCACUUAGGAUCGCAACGUCCUCGUUGCGCCCUUAAACCAAUCUCAAUCAAAUCCCAGAAACGUUUCCCCUGCUAGGUGUCAGCCCGAUAUCCAACGGAUCAGCACACUGUCACAGGGUUGCUCUGAUACCACCUGUAACACCCCGGCCCCACCGGACCCGAGGUAGUUACUCCGGACGAAUAAUACUGUCCUCACAAACCGCCACUAGCCUUUUCCGCGCACUUUGUCCUCACUCGUGCGCGCCCUGAGAAACUUCCCAGGGGGUCACCCAUCCCAAGACUACUCCCGUGCAAGCACGCUUAACUUUGGAGUUCUUGGGAGAUGAGCUCCCUUAAAAGGAGAUGCAUCUUGUUGGUAUGAGUAGUACUAUUAAUCCGUUUAUAUUAAAUCUCAAGUGUUACAGGCCAUCUUCUUGAUGUGCCAGAGCUACAGUUCUCAGCGCAAAUUGUCCAUAGCCUCUUGUUGAGACUAGUGUGUGACCAGCCUAAGGAUGAACUAUGGUUUUGCGUCAAUGAAAAGCUGUUAAAGUUUACCUACAAUGACUUUGAACGCAUUACUGGGCUCCGUUCUAUGGGUCCAACUCCGGUCAUCUCUGAUGUGGAUGAAGGCAAUGGGAUGUUACUAGAUAAGUUCUUCGGUGGUGCGAGUGAGAUCAGUUUUGGGACCUUGACAGCAAAGAUGCAGUCACUAAAGCCGAAAAAGGCAGGACCUCGCGGCGAUCCUCUGAAGCUUGCAUGUGCUUUUUACGUGCAAUGUGUUUUGAUACCAAGGAACAAGAAAACAUUGAUGAAUUCUCAAUUUCUGAAAUUGGCGGAUGAUUUGGACAGAUUUAAAGCAUACCCCUGGGCAAAAGUGUCCUACAAUCUAAUGGUUUCUCAGAUAAAGACUCUUAUGGUUGGACAGGGCGAUAGGUUUAAGGAGAAUAAGAAAGCCAAACCUCAAUACAAAAAUGCAAAGUUCACAUUGCACGGCCUUCCUCUCGUCCUACAGGUUUGGGCCUACGAGAGUCUGCCAGAGCUAGGACGGAGAUGUGCUGAACGUGUUGGCAAUCAUGACGUCCCCUUGCUCAAUUAGAAGGCUACGGGGUUCUUUCAUUUGCAAACGCUAAAUGAAAUGAUUUUCAAGGAUCAUUACAAUGAGGAAGAUGAGGAAGACGAUGGUGAAGAUGAUGAUGGCUUCAAAUCCAAGAUGAUGGCUGAAAUGAAAAAGCUACGGGCGCAAGUGGUGUCUCUGGAGGCGCGGCUGAAAGUAAUGGAAGAUAGAUUGGUUGUUGGGAGUGUGGCCGAGGAGAAGCAUGAUGAAGAUGAAGAUGCCAAGCAUCAAGGUGAUGAAGAUGAAGAGCAAAAGCAUGAUGAAGUUGCAGUUGUUGCGGAGGAUCAUGUGGAAGUGGAAAAUGAAAAUGCAUCUGAUUUCAAUGCUUCUGUACCUUCUGAUGAGAUUCAUGCAUCUCUAGUUGAAAUUGAGAAGCAUGUGGAAGUUGAAAAUGCAAAUGAAUCUGAUUUCAAUGCUUCUGUACCUUCUGCUGAGAUUCCUGCUGCUCUAGCUGAAAUUGAGAAGCAUGUGGAAGUGGAAAAUGCAAAAGCAUCUGAUUUGAAUGCUUCUGUUCUUUCUGAUGACAUUGUAGCUGAACAUGACAAGCAAGACGGACAGCGUAUUGAUGAGCGUCAUAAAGCUGAAGUUGAACAUGAGAAGAAUGAAGAAAUUGCACAUGUUGCCGAGGGGAGUCAACAUGCUCACGUUGAAGGUGUUGACAUGUUUGAAGCAUGUACUGAUGAUAUUGGGCAGGAGGGCCAAAUUGGUGACGUGCAUGAAGUGGAUAAUGAAAAUAAUUCCGAGAAUCAUGACUCUGUAUCUUCUGAUAAGGCAUAUUGGGAUGACGUGGUGGAUGAGUGGCAAGCUGCCGCUAAAGGGGACUUGGAGGCUGAGGCGAGUGAUGUGGGGAUGAAAAGGAAAAAGUUCGCCUCUAAGUUCAUGCUUAGCCCUUUCACCGAUCCUAACCCAAAACGGUUGAAAGGCGUGAACAAAGCAAAGGAUAAUCUCAGCCAAGUAGAUGAAUGGACUGAUUUUAAGAAUUGGGUUGAAGCUGAUGACAGUGUUUCCCCUUCAAGUGUCAGGCUACGUGUCCAUGAACUGCUUGAAGUGAGCAGGAGUUUUUUCAGAGUCCUAGUAUCUCCUGACCACUGGAUGUCGAGCACGCACCUUCAUGCAAUAACGUACCUGCUAAAUAAAAGCAUUUGUGCGCAUACGGUGACUUUGAUCAGCCCUUACGUUGUGCAUAAAAUCCUUAAGAAAGAUAUAGGCAACGACACACAUUGGAGUGGAGAUAAAUACCUGAAAAAGCUGGACUGGAAAAGUUGUUUGAAGGUUUUGUUUCCCUUAAAUAUUGAAAACAAGCACUGGAUCUUGGCGGAAGUUGUGUUUCGGAGCAGACUGGUUAGAGUAUACGACUCGCUUAAGACUUCUAGGACUCCAUUUUAUGCUAAGGACUUGUGUGAGCGGCUGCCAUACCUAGUUCGUGCCAUUGGUAUUUGUACGAAUGACAGUGAUUUGCAACCGUGGAAAGCAGUAGCUGUGGAUGGUGUGCCACAACAAAAAGAAGCGUCGGGUGAAUGUGGCGUGAUGGUCCUAGCUUUUGCAGAGCAGCUACUCCAAGCGAAAUCAUUGCUUCCUGAUUGCGACUAUGGCAACAUGUCGAACAAAAGACUUGAGUAUGGUAUUCGGCUUUGGCGCUUGAAGAAGGAAGAUGCGUAGAGUGUUGUAGAAAUCAUUUUUAUUUGAAGUUGUAGUUCGAACAAGUAUUGAUUUUGUGUAUCUAUUGAACUUGGAAACAAUGAAAAAUGGUUGGGGUAUUUUGGGGAAAUAUGUCGAAGUUUGUACAAUGUCAUGUACUAAAUGUUGUACAAUCUUCAACAAUUGGG